UUUAGUUUGUGUUCUACCGUAGGCUACGUGAAUAUGAAACCUCCGAAGAAAGUUUGUAUCAUCGGUGCUGGAGCAAGUGGGCUGACAGCAAUCAAAUGUUGCAAUGAUGAAGGGUUGGAACCAACUUGCUUUGAAAAGAGCAAUGACAUUGGAGGUUUAUGGAGAUAUGAAGAUAAUGCAAAAGACGGCGCAUGUGUUUACAAUUCAACAGUCAUCAACACCAGCAAAGAAAUGAUGUGUUACUCUGAUUUUCCCAUACCAAAAGAAUAUCCAAAUUACAUGCAUAAUGUAAAGAUAAUGGAAUACUUCAGAAGUUAUGCUGAAAGGUUUAACCUUUUGAAGCAUAUCACAUUUAACACUUCAGUUGUAUCUUGUGAACCCAUGGAAAAUGGGCAAUGGGUUAUUAAAACAUGUGAUGAAAAGACUAAAGAAGAGAAAGAGAGAAUAUUUGAUGCAGUUCUUGUUUGUAUUGGCCACCAUGCACAGCCAUAUUAUCCUCUUGAUGCAUUUCCUGGAAUUGAAAGUUUUGGUGGCGAAUACUUCCACAGCCACGAAUACAGGAAACCUCAUCGUUUUGAUGGCAAACGAGUGCUGGUUAUUGGGGUGGGGAACUCUGGGGGGGAUCUCGCUGUUGAGAUAAGUCGACAUGCAAAACAGUUGUUCCUGAGCACUCGUCGUGGUUGUUGGGUAUUAAACAGAGUCUCAGACAAUGGGAUGCCACUGGAUGUUAAUGUAACUACAAGAGCUACAAUGUUAGCUGCUAACUAUCUACCAUCAAGAUUUGUAAACUAUAUUGCUGAGAAACAAGUGAAUGCUCGUUUUGAUCAUGAAAUGUACGGACUGAAACCUAAACAUAGGUUCAAUGGUCAGCAUCCAACAGUAAAUGAUGAAAUACCCAACUGUAUAUUAUGUGGGAGGAUUAUUGUGGUUAAAAACGUGACAAAGUUUAAUAAAACUCAAGCUGUGUUUGAAGAUGGGCGAACAGAGGAUAUUGAUGUCGUUAUAUUUGCUACUGGUUACAGGUUUAAUUAUCCAUUUCUGUCAGAGUCAAUUCUGAAGGUUGAGAACAACAGAUGUAGAUUGUACAAACAUAUGUGGCCAUCUACAGUGGAAAACAAUACGCUUGCAUUUAUUGGUGGAAUUCAACCACUGGGUGCGAUCAACCCUAUAUCUGAGAUCCAAUGCAGAUGGGCUCUUAGGGUGUUUAAAGGACUGAAUGUAUUACCAAACGUUAAAGAGCGAGAAAAUAGCAUUGAUCAACAAAUAUCCAAGAUGUCUGAACUGUAUUAUGAAUCACCCAGGCACACAAUACAGGUGAACUACGUGGUUUACAUGGAUGACAUAGCAAGCCAAAUCCAAGUCAAACCAAACUUUAUCAAACUCCUAGCUGACCCUAAACUCUUCGUCAAGGUUUUGUUUGGUCCCUGCACACCGUACCAAUACCGUCUACAUGGUGUUGGGAAAUGGCAAGAAGCGCGUCACAUGAUACUAACCCUCAAAGAUAGAGUAAGAUAUCCUCUGACCAGCAAGCAGCAACAGAAAGAAAGUGGUCUACCCAUCGGCUUCAUUGUGUUUAUUCUCAUAAUUUCCAUCUUAUUUUAUUAUCUGUAUUAAGCUGUAUUGUUCUUACUAUGCAUCUAUGAUUUUUAAAUGGUAUAAUUUUUGUAAAUCUUUUAACGCAGUAGUGCCUUUUAAAGUAACAUAAAAUGUAUAAUUGGUUCUUUUUUAUUAUUUAACGCAUUGUAUGAUAUAAUUGUUCAUUGUUCAAUUUUUCAACUGUAUAUUUUUUUUUAAAUUUUGUAAACCUUUUAGUGCUGUAGUAAUUUUCAGAUGCAAAAGUUAUUUUAAAUUAAUAAUGUUUCUUUUUCUAUUAUUUAUCUGACCGUAUAACUUAUUCAAUCCUCAUGUCAUUUUUUAUCUGUAUAAUUUAAUACCAUUUAAUUCUUCAUAUUCUACAUUUAGUUAGUGCUUGCUAUGAGUAAAAUGCUUUUUAAACACAGAACUAUUAUGAUUUAAUAAUUUAACCCUUUUCUAAUGUUUAUCGGACUGUAUAACGUAAUUUAUUAAUUUUUGAUUUUUCA